AUGUCUCCCCUCCACCGCCACCGCCUCGGCCAUGUCAUCGUCGUCCUGCUCGUCGUCCUCCUCGCCGCCGCUUCCCAUGGCGGUCUAGCCGACCGCCCGACGUGCCAGCUCGAGCCUCUCACCUGCGGCGAUCUCACUGUCCGCUACCCGUUCCGUCUCUACAACGGGACGGAGGACGCAGUGCCGGCGUACGGCGGGCCGCAGUCGUCGUCGUACUGCGGCUACCCCGGCCUGGGCAUCGUCUGCGACGACGACAAGCCUACCCUCCUCCUCGGGGGCCACGACUACACGGUGUCGGGCAUCAACUACACCAGCCUCACCGUCUCCCUCGCCGACGCCGACGCCCUCGACGAUGGCACCAGCUGUCCCAUGGUCGAUCACAACGUGACCGUCCCGAAGCAGUUCCAUCUGCCCACCUCCACCGUCGCCUACCUCUUCUUCUUCCUCAACUGCACCUUCCCGCCGGAAGCCGAUUUCCCUCCCAAUCCCAAGCCAUUGCGCAAGCCGCCGAGCAUCAAGCCGGUCACCUGCGGGAGCUCCGGAGAAGAGCCUGCCACCAUGUCCUUCGUGCUGCCGGAGCGCGAGAUCCCUCCCAAGGACUGGUGGCAGGCGUGCCGGUCAGUCUACGCAGCGCCCGUGCUCAAGGACGCCCUCCCGGCCGACGCAAAGGACCCCGGGUGGAGGGAGGACGGGUACGCGAAGGCUCUCCGCGGCGGGUUCCAGGUGGGCUGGGACCGGAGCUCCGGCCCGUGCGACCCGUGCGAGCAAUCCGGCGGCAAGUGCGGGUACAACCGCACCGCGGGCUUCCUGGGCUGCUUCUGCGCCAACGGCGCCCUGGUAGUUGGCAACGCCGCCGGCUGCAGCAAGAUAUCUGACACCACCGCGCCAUUGCCCGGUUCGAACAAGAAAAGGUAUGUCACUAUAGCAGGUGUGGUGGUCGGUGUCGGAGGUGCAUUGCUUGUUGCUGCUGUCAUGGUCUUUCUGUUCAUUCGCAAGAGAAGGCAGAGGAAGGUGGUGAACUCGUCUUCGAAGCUCCUCAAGUACAGGUACAGCGGCUCGGGCGGGACCCCGACGCGCUCCAGGGGCGGCGACAUGGAGUCCGGCAGCUCCCAGGACAUGGGCAACCGGUUCAGCUACGAGGAGCUCGAGGAGGCCACCGAUUCCUUCAACGAGAACAGAGAGCUCGGCGACGGCGGCUUCGGCACCGUCUACAAAGGUUACCUUGGGGACGGGCGGGUGGUGGCGGUGAAGCGGCUGUACAACAACAGCUACCGGCGCGUGGAGCAGUUCGUGAACGAGGCGGCGAUCCUGGCCCGGCUGCGGCACCCGAACCUGGUCAUGUUCUACGGGUGCACCUCCAAGGAGAGCCGCGAGCUGCUCCUGGUCUACGAGUUCGUCCAGAACGGCACGGUGGCCGACCACCUGCACGGGCCCCGCGCGGCGGAGCGCGCCCUGCCGUGGCCGCUCCGGCUCAGCAUCGCCGUGGAGUCCGCGGCGGCGCUGACCUACCUCCACGCCAUCGAGCCGCCCAUCGUGCACCGCGACGUCAAGACCAAUAACAUCCUCCUCGACACCGACUUCCACGUCAAGGUCGCCGACUUCGGCCUCUCCCGCCUCUUCCCGCUCGACGCCACCCACGUCUCCACCGCCCCCCAGGGCACCCCAGGGUACGUGGACCCGGAGUACCACCAGUGCUACCAGCUGACGGACAAGAGCGACGUGUACAGCUUCGGCGUGGUGCUGGUGGAGCUCAUCUCGUCCAAGCCCGCCGUGGACAUCACCCGGCAGAGGAACGAGAUCAACCUGGCCGGCAUGGCCAUCAGCAAGAUCCAGAAGUGCCGGCUGGAGGAGCUGGUGGACGUGGAGCUCGGCUACGAGUCGGACCCGGCGGCGAGGAAGAUGAUGACCAUGGUGGCGGAGCUGGCGUUCCGGUGCCUGCAGCAGAACGGCGAGAUGCGCCCGCCGAUCAGGGAGGUGCUGGACGUGCUCAGGGCCAUCCAGGAUGACUGCCUGGGUCACAAAGACGGUGGAGGCAAAGGCAAGAAGGACUUCGCCGAGCCCUUCUCUCCCAACACGGUGCACGCUCCCUGGGACAGCAGGAACACCACCCCUAACACCAGCCAGUAG